CAGAAGAGCAGGUCUGGAAGGUUCCGACAGGGCCCGCAUCCACGCCGCCUGGUUGGUUACAGAGCACAGCUCCGCCACCUUGAUAGCUGAAGCAUCCCCCCACUCUCUCGGGUCAUCAUCGAACAAUCAGCGAACCUGUUCCGUCAUCUGGCAAACCUCUCCGUGCACCCUCAUCAUACUCACACUCAUCGCAUACUUCACAAAGCGACAAAGGCCUUUUCUUUUCCCCUGCGACUGCGACUGCGACUGCAGCGACUCCCCUCAGCAACCAGCCAUGUCGGCCAACACCAAGUACACGCCGGCUCCGCAGGAGGACCCGGACGCGCACCUCAACUACACGCAGCCGCCUCCGUCGUACCAGGCUGAGAGCAGCUCUGCCCAGGACCAGGAGCGCCUCUUUGGCGGUCCGCGCAGCAGUGAGGACAACAUCCCUGAUGACUUCAAGUUCGGCGGCUCGGUCGCCGAGGCGACCAUCGAGAUCCGCAACCAGUUCAUUCGCAAGGUCUAUACCAUCUUGACGGUGCAGCUCGUGGCUACCGGCGCCGUGAGCGCGCUCAGCUUCUUGAGCGAGAGUUACAAGAGCUGGAUCCAGUCGCACCCCGCCGUUGUCUGGAUCUCGCUCUUCGGCGCCAUGGCCUUCAUGUUCCUCACCUACUGGAAGCGCCAGUCGUACCCGACCAACCUGCUCUUCCUGUCCGGCUUCACCCUGCUCGAGGCCUACACCAUCAGCGUGAUCGUGUCCUUCUACCGCGCCUCGGUCGUGCUCAACGCGGUGGUGCUCACGGCGGGCAUCUUCGUCUUCCUGACCGCCUUCGCCUGCCAGAGCAAGUACGACUUCACGAGCUGGAUGCCCUACCUGUUCGGCGCGCUCUGGGGCCUGCUGCUCUUCGGCUUCAUGUCCGUCUUCCUGCCCUACAGCAGCACCGGCGAGCUCAUCUACGGCCUGCUCGCCGCCCUCAUCUUCAGCGGCUACAUCCUGGUCGACACCCACCUCGUCCUGCGCAAGCACCACGUCGAGGAGGAGAUUGCCGCCGCCAUCAGCCUGUACCUCGACGUCAUCAACCUCUUCCUGGCCAUCCUGCGCAUCCUUAACAGCCAGAACAACAACUAAAACUGCGCUGGAUUUGGUCGUUGUAUCGAUAGGGAGAUGCAUU